AUGUAUGCUAAAGUCGCACUCUUCGCACUCGCUCUCUCCCCACUCGUUUCUGCUCACGGCAAAGUUGCCGUUAUCACCGGCGAUCUUGGAGGAAACGGAACCGCUCUUGGUAUCAUGGGUGCAGUUGUUCCUGGGGCUGGCCCCAACCGUAAGACUGAGGUUGAUACCACCGUCUUCAACUCGGACAACAUCAGAACCGAUAACGACCUUGGCCACACCACUAAGAAUGGUAACAACCAGCUCAGCGACCUCAAGCAGGCCAUGGCGCAAUCCGGUGAUACUUUGCCACAGGUUAGCAGCGGUGGUUCCGUUCAGGGUACUUACCACAUUGUCACCACCGACGGCGCUGGUCCUCUAGAGGCCUUGAUCGAUGAGACUGCGACCGGUAAGUGGUCUCAAGCCAACCAGGCGACUGUCAGCACCCAGCCACCUGGCCACCACGGCAACAUUGCUGCUUCUAACAACAAGCGGAACCUGAUGGGACGGAUGAUUGGUGACCUUACCAAGCGUGCUGGGAAUGUUAACGAGGACCAUGACUUUGCUGUUCAAAUUCCAGCAGGUACUUCUUGCACCGGCACGAUCAACGGCAUUAGCAACCUUUGCCUUGUAAAGGUCUCCAACAACAACAAAGCCGGUCCUUUUGGUGGUGUCUUUGCUGUGCAGAUGGGAGCCAACUCCACCACCGCCAAGAAGGUCGGACGUGACUUUUAA